AUAUGUUUAUGUCUCUAAUGUCUAUAUAUGUAGAUGUCUACACAAAAGGAUCAGAGACCACAAGCUGAAGCCAAAACCUAAUUUAGGUGAACCAAAAAAGUAUUACAAAUAUAUAUGUCAAUAAAUAUAAAAGAGGCCAAACUACAAAGUUUUAUAGUCAUACGAUGGAGGAGAUAUUGUCAAAAAUCUUCAACGGAAUCAAUCUGGUUGAGGAGCUCAAAUUCAACUUAUCAGCACAAGAGUCGCCAGAAUCUCUCUCGAGUUCUCUCGGUUCGAUCUCCACUCUAUUUAGAGACGCCAACGAGCGGCUGGGAAUCCUACUUGAGAGGAAGAACGCUUUCGUACCAAAUCAGCCUGAACCAAAACCAGUUCAAGUGUCUGGCUUGGACCAGAUGAUGAUGCAGAUUGAACCGGGUCUGAAGCAGGACCACAGAGUAAGGGAGAGAGUGAUCAGAUUAAGGCUUGGACCAGAUGAUUCCGGUCCUGGUUGCGCUUUCUCGACGCCAAGGCCUCGAAGAAGGAAGAAGGAUGGAGCCGUGGAAACGGUGUUGGUAGCGACGGCGAGGAUGGUGAACAUGGGCACUCCGCCAGACGAUAAUUAUGUUUGGCGUAAAUAUGGCCAAAAGGAAAUUCUCGGUUCUAGAUAUCCUCGGUCGUACUAUAGGUGCAACCACCAGAAAGUAUACAAGUGUCCGGCUAAGAAACAAGUGCAACGACUCGACGAAGAUCCUUACAUGCUCCGUGUCACUUACCGUAGUUCACACACGUGUCAAUUCUCUACUACAUCCUCAUUCUCAUCAACAGCCACCACCCCAGUUAAUUACGGUCCGAACGUGCAUAACAUGGCAGACCUUAUGUUCGAAAACACGGACUCUGUUGUUCCUUUCUGCGAACCCUACUUGAACAACGACAGUUUAGUCCCUGGAGCAGCCAGCUAUGAGGAUUCGUGGAAAUCAACAUGGCAGAGCUACGACAUGUCCUGACUAUGUAGUUUCUCAGCCAGCCAGAAGUUCAAAGUUAAUUUAUAAUUUGAGAUGGUUUAAAGUUUAUUUCUUAAUUUCAAUUAUGUUUUGCGAGUAAUUAGGCUUAUGCAUUUUAUAAAUUAGCUACCGAGUAAUCAUCUUAUGCA